AAUCACAGUCGACUGUCUGUUUCAUGAAGAUAAAGGAUUACUGCAGUGUCAUAGGAAUGAUGAAUCACUGUUCACGGUCUUAGAUUAUAUAAACCCUCAGGAGCUGCAGGACAAGAACAGACAAAUACAGGAGAUGAGGAUCAUACUGAAGCAACUAAGAACUGAAAAAAUAAAACAUUUUAAGGAGAUAGAGAGACUUCAAACUGAGAGUGAGCGACAGCUAAUGCAGAGAGACAAACAUGUUCAGGAGAAAGAGGAGACAGGUGGCACAUCACAGUGCAGUGACAAACUAGAAAACAUGACAAGCGAAACCACACUGGGGAUCCAACUGCAGGAGAAGGACAGAAAACUUAAGGAGAUGAGGACAGAGCUCAAAAAACUGAAAACUGAGUUGGCAGAAAAAAAUGAGGAGCUUAAAAAGAAAGAGAGUCUACUAACCUUAUCAGAAAGACAUCAAAAGCAUGUCCAGGACAAAGGGAAAGACAGACAGUUGAGGGAAAUAACUCAGAAUGAAAAGAAAUUAAAGGAGGUCAAAGCUGAGUUGGACAAUACAAUAAAGAAUUUAGAACAGAUACAGAAAGAAUUGCAAAUUGUGAGCAAACAUCUGAGUGAGGAGAUAAAGGUAUGUGAAAUUAAUAAAAGUGAACUGGAUUUAAUGCAAAGGAAGCUGCAAGAGAAAAACAAGCAAAUAUAGGAGAUUGUAUCCUGAGUCUUUCCACAUCUGAUAACGCUGAUGAAUUCUAAUUUUUUUAACUGACUAAAUUUAUUUCUUUUGAUUUUUUUUACUUUAGAUUAUUAGUAGCUGUUUGGUGAUUUAAAUCUUUAUGCCAUAAUUACUAGCUAACUUGUAGCCAGUUGUUUCUCUCUGCAGCUCUUUCCCUUUGU